AUGAAUACAAAAACAUUAAUAUUACUAUCAGUUCUCUUGGUUGUAACAUUAUCUUUAAAUGUAGAUAGUGUUUCGGCUGCUUUCCCACCAGGUGUAGAUUAUGAUAAAAAGAUGAUGUUCUCCUACCUUCUCCUGAACAAUCAACCGUUGUCAGUCUACGAGAAUCUCGUCCAAUGGAGUUCCUACAAUAACAUCGUCACUUCAUUCAGUGAAUGGAAUAAAACGUUGUUGACCGAAUUCAUCCAACAUUGUCAUGGCAGAGGUGUCGCCGUUCACAACAUGGUACAGCUGAAUUGUAAUGAAACCGAUUGCAAUUCCUACUUCAACAAUGGAUUAUAUAAUAGUAGCAUCGCUCUAUUGGCUCAAGUCGGUGGAGAUGGUCUACAUUUGGAUGUUGAGCAAUUCAGUAAUACUACUACAUCUGCCACCUACAAAGGUUGGGUGAACACCGCCUUCCAACAUCUCAGGGCGAACAACACCAAAUAUGUCGGUUCGAUGGCUGUCGCUUGUACUAAUAACUCUUGGUCGUUCCACAACGCUGACUUUGCAGAUUACUUCAUCUUGAUGUGCUACGACAUGGGUGGGGGUUCCAAUGUGCUGGCACCGAACUCACCGAUCGACAUCAUCAGAACCUACGUCAACAAAUGGAAGGGCUCCGUCAACAAACCGGCCAAACUCAUCAUGGGACUCCCACUCUACGGAUACUAUGCCAAUUGCACUUCAAUGGAGUACGGUCUGUUUGGAACCACUUGUCGUGUCGAUGGUAACAGCACAUUUUUGGGUGUCAACGGAAUCUACGACCUUGUGAAUAACUACCCAGCAGUAUCAUAUCAAGAGUUGAAUGGUGUAGCGUUUGCCAAUGUAUUCCGUCCAGGUUCAUCGAAUAUUACACAAUUUAUGUAUGACACACCAGCGACACUAUACCGAAAGUCUGUCAGUAUGGGUAUUGGUGGAACUGCUUGUUGGAGAAUCGACUUUUUAAAAGGUUUACCACAAUCUCUCAUUACCACCUAUUACAUUGCAUUAAAUCCAAAUAAUACAUAA